AUGGCUAUUGAAGGCAACAGAUUGGACCCAGAUGAAGUCAUCCAGCAGAUGAACGAGCUUGCCGCGGCUCUCAACCCCGAGGAUGAUUAUUUAACGAUCGUUGAAGCCGAUGAGAAGAUGUCAGCUAGGGCGGCGGCGCGCAAGAAGGAUCUGGAUGAGAUGCAUGAACGGUUGCGGAAAUUGGCCAGUGCUCUCGACGCGCAACGCGCAUCCGCCUCCCGACCACCGGGUGUACCAACGGCUGAAGAGCACGAGGAGAUGUUGAACGCGGCGGAAGAGGACAGCCAACGGGCAUCCAAGAAACACAUUGAACUCGGCGAUGUCCUCGCGGCUGAUCAGAGCGAACUUAUACGGUUGAAGAAGGAGUUGCGAGAGCUUGAGGCGGAGAACCCCGCUGAAGACUUUGAGGUUGAUGGCACAGCAUUGCGAUAUUAUAUGCUCAAGACGUUGGGGUUCGAGCCCAUGCUGAACGCUAGGGAUAACCUCGAGAAGGUCAUCAUCAGAGGGGAGUCGGGGAAUAUGUAUCCUGCACAACAUCAACGAGGCGAAUCGGACGAGGCAUACCAAGCUCGGGUAUGGGAUCUUGCUUCUCAGUGA